AUGGCGGCGACGAGCCAUACGGACUCCGGCGCCGUCCUCAAGCUCGCCUCCGACCCCACGGAGUACGCCUGCGCGCGGCGGCUCCGCCACAAGCUGCUCCUCUCCUACCUCUCCCAGCAAGGCCUCCACCCCACCUUCCAAUCCCUGGUCCGGCAGACGGACGCGCACCUGUCCGCGGAGCAUCUGCGGCAGCUGGUGGCCGGCGGCCUGUGGGGCGAGGCCCUGGACUACCUCGCCCGCUUCCUGCCGCCCGGAGCCGGCGCCGGCGACAACGACAUCCUGGCCCGCCCCAUCCUCCUCUUCCUCCACACGCUCUGGACCUUCGCCAACGUCUCCGCCAGCACGACGCUCGCCGCCGUCACGUCUGACAUGCACCUCCACGACUUCACCGUUUGUCUGUCCGUCAGCCACAGCUUCCUGCUCCGCACUAUCCUCAACCUCAUCCUCCACAAGCCGCCAUUCCGGAACAAGGCGGCCUCCAUUGCCUGUGACCUGGCUCGUGAGUCUCCAGAGUUGAGCCUCCGGCUGCUACUGCCGAGCGACCCAGGGACCCCGCGCGACGUCGUUCCCAUCUGUCCCCGCCAAAGGCGUUACGGGAAACGACCGCCCCGCCGCGCACCGGCACAUGCCAUAACUAAGCUCUAUCUCAACAAGAGGAUGAGCCUGCCUUCUUCCAGCCCCCAGCCUGGAGCCAAUCACACCGAGUCACUAAACAAGGUGGCGGGUCUUAUCAAGGAAUGCUUCAAUGCUGGUGUAUCUCUCAUGUUGCUUCCAUCAGGUCAGAAGAAAGAUGGUCCUGGUGCUCCAUUCCUGAAGACAAAGAUUAGUAGCCUAACACAUCCUGCUAAAAACAUUGGCACCUCAUCAGUUCUAAAUGCAGGUGCUCCAGUCUCUCUCCCUGCCAAAACCUCUGGCACCUUAACUGCAACAGACGCAGGCACAAUUAAUACCAUCCAGGGAAUUGUUUUGAGAAAGCAUCCGAUGACAGAGCUCUCAGCUGCUCAGAAAGAACCUGAUCUGAAAAGGCAGCGGACAUGCACCAAACUGGCAACGGAUCUGCCGCAGACGAACUUGGAUUGAACUUCAUGGCGUAACUAAGUGGUGGCCAGAUUACUCCUGUUGAUAAGUUCCGGGUGUUGUAGAAUAGGUUGUUUUGUUGCUAUCUGCGCUAAGUUAUGCUAAUGAACUUCAGGGACCAAUGGUAUACUAUAUCUUGAGUCAGCGUACUCGUGUUGGUUGGUUUGGUUAGUUCUCAUGUAAUGCCACAAGCUCCUGUUAUAUCAUCAUCAGUGUCAAAUCUAUGAAUUUGUCCGUGCCAGCAAGUAUUCAUGUCGAUAGUUAAGCUGCUUUGCAUACUUACUAUGUACAAGUACACUGUUUUGAUUCUGCAGUUGUUUGCA